AUGGUGGCAUUGGAGGAGCGAGGCGAUGGGACACCCAGCCCCAACUUGCCCCAGCGCUGCCUGGAGGUGGGGCGCUCUGGCAGCCCUGCAUGCGGGAUCGCUGGCGCAGGGGUGGCCGUGGCAGGGUUUGGGGGCUCAACCCCCCCAUGUCCCCCGGCGGGGCCGGCACUGUGCAGAAGGCUGGCUGGGCUGAAGGUGCUGCUCCUGAAUGUCAGCAGGGCUGUCACCCGUGAUGUCCUCAUCGGCUUUUCCCCCACUGAGGGCUAUAGGAUACUGAACAUGACGGAGCGGGGGAAGACGGGCAAAAUCCAGCUCCCCAGGGAGACGUUGCAGUCCCUGAGCAGCAAGACAGCGCACAUGGUGGUGACAGUCCUCAACAGCCAGCAGUCUGGCAUGUUUGAGGACAUCAACCAGACAGUGCAGAUCCUGGAUGGUACCAUGGUGGGCAUCACAGUGGGAGAGACAAGCAUCUCUGGGCUGCAGAACCCCGUGCAGCUCACCCUCGCCCACGGGCAGCUGCCCCAGGACAUUACCCCGCAAUGUGUCUUCUGGGAUCCCAGCAAAGGUAUGUGGCAGGGCUGGAGCAGCAGCGGAUGUGUCACACAGCCCAGGGACAAAGGGACAGUCUGCUCCCGUGACCAUCUCACCUUCUGCACCCUCCUCCUGGUGACAUCCCCCCUCCCUGCAGCUCCUGCUUGUCCCCUGCCUGCCCCACCUCGGUGGCCCCUUGGGUGCCACCCAUAG